CACAUGGUCGCGAAACAAAAAGGACGAGUCAACCUCCGGGCCGCUAACACCACAGCUGGUCUCCGCCAUGAUGCGCCGAGUGGUCGUUAUUGGAGCGCUCGCCUGGGCCGCCAUGUUGGUUUUGCUUGGAGCCUUCGUAGAAGCUGCAGCUGGCGUGGUUCGUGUCCAGCAGGUGGCCUACCAGGGAGAGGCGGUCACUUUGCCGUCCGGUGGCGACCCUACCCGGAAGCUGGCGUCCAUCAAGUGGUCGGUGUUCUUCAACGAGACUUGGAUCGCCACGUUUCACGGCGGGAAGAUAAACACGGAGCGCUUCUUCCUGUUCAGGGGACGACUCGCUCUCAACGCUUCGUCGGGCGACUUGACGAUCCGCAACGUGAGCCGAGAGGACGCCGGGGACUACAGCGUGGAGCUGGUGGACACGGAGAAGCGCAGCGUGGAGAGAGUGCUGACGCUGGUGGUUAAAAGACCCCUCCAGAAACCAAGCGUACAGACGCUCUUCUCUGUGCAGUCGGACGGCGGCUGCUGGGUGGGACUCCGCUGUUCGUCCCCGGAUUUGGCCGUCAACCUCUCCUGGAAGCUCGAACCCCCGCUUCGGACCGCCUACGACAUGCCCGACCCCGACGGCGGGGCCGGGGUUCUCCUCAAACUCGUCGCGCUGGGCGACGGCACACGUUUCACCUGUACCUCAAGCCGCGAUCCGGAGAACGUCUCCGACAGCAUCCGCGUCGAGUGUGUGACGGCGUCAGAGUGGCGGAGUCGCGGUCGGGACAGCCUUUUUGUCUUGGCGGGAAUUGUCAGCGGCGGCGUUCUGAUGACCGUUCUGCUCAAGCACUUGCAAGGGAAAGAAGAAGAAAGAGAAGAAGGAAGUGGAGCAAAAGAAGAAAAUGGAUAGAUGGGGUUGCUCCCUUGUUGUUGUUGUGGGACUACGUUACAUCUGGGAAGAACUCAAAGUGCUUCACUUUCCCCCCAUUUUGCUAUAUUACAGCCUUAUUCCAAAAUGGCUUCAAUUCAAAUCAAAAUGCGACAAAGACCAACCUACAAUGACAAUGUGCAAAAAUGACAAUUCUGUCUUGGAGGUUAGUGGUGGAAAACUACUGAGUACUACGUUCAGGUAUCUGUAUUUUACUUGAGUAUUUAUUUUUCUGACAACUUUUUACUUUUACUCCCUACAUUUGAAAUAUGUUUUUUUCAUUUUCAUUUAAAAAAAUUUUUUUGCCGAAGUAGGGGCCAUCAGUUUUUUCCUUUUGACCUGCGAGCACAAACGUCAGAUACGAGCGCUGUAUGGUGACGUGACGCAACUCAGUUUGGCUGUUUACAUGACUAAAUAUUCUUAAAAAAACAAAAACAAAAAACACACUCUUCAAGCUGUUUAUUGCCACUCACCUGAUGGUUAUUGUCAAACAAAAAGAAUUACACAUCGUGUAUUCGAAGCAACACCAUAGCCGCCACGACAUGAAUGCUAACAUACAAUGGGAAACUACAUAGGCACACGGGCUAACACUUAGCAUCUAUUCAACAUUGUUGUUACCCUUAAAACAACGGCUAUCUGAACACCAAAACGCAUUAUAUUCUUUAUCCUCUGUGAAGAACGACUAACAAUGCUUAGUUUCGUCGUGCGCUCAUAAUGCCACAAAGGACAAUUUCAAGACAAAUUGAGCAAAAUGAACAAUUAGUAUCAAUAUCAGCGCUAAUAUGUUUUUUAAAAUAUAAAAAUAACACUCAAGCAAACAUUACAGUAUUUAUGUUUGCUUGAGUUUUAUUUCGAUAAAAAUAAAAAUAUAUAUUAAAAAAAGGCAUUUCCGACACGCCCCUUUCGAGUUGGCUAAGCUAGUAAGGGCAAAGUUAUCAUCGCAUUCCCACCGGCACAUUGUACCGCAUUCGGUUGCUCACAACGCUGUACAAUCACAAGGGGAGUGAAAAUGUGCUGUCUCGCUACCACACGCUGUGGAAUUGACAAAAAAAAGUAAGCAUCGUGAAAAUUGGAUGAGAAAUAAGCAAGUUACGUCUUCAUUUAAAUGCCUAUUGCCUUUGAAGAAAACGAAGCCCCUGUAAACAUGGCCGCCAAGCACGCACGUCCAUGAGCCUUCUUUAUAUCUAUGAGGGCAAUGCUUUUUGGACCAAUAGGAGAGCGACUGACUGCCGCGUGGCCUCCCUCACGCGAGCGACAGUCUUUUGUGGGUUUUGUGACAGUCGCCAUUUUGAUUGCUCGACUGAAAAGCUCGAGCCGUUCAGCUCGUUUUCAACACAUUCCGGGCCUCGAUUAACGACCGUUUUUUUAUCACAUCGAGUCGACGGGGGGCAGGCCAAAAUGG